UGUUAAUUUAAAAAUAUAUCUAUUACAUUAAGAAACUUUUUUUUUUUUUUAACAUAAGGUACUUUUAAGAGAACCUUGUCAUAUUCGUGAAGGAACAUUUUACAAGCCCCUCUGUACUCCGAAAUGUGGUGUCGGAGAUUAGACAUACAAGUCAGUGUUCAAGCGGCCAAAUUUCCAAUUUGUUAUUGCUUGUUACCAAAUGAAAGUAAAAAGGAAAACAGAAGGGUAAAAUAAAGAAACUGGCUUUUAUGUAUUUUAUUCACAAAAAGGGCGUUUGCCGAAGGACCUUCCCAUUCACGGGCUGUCACUCACAGGUGCUCGGAGAAUUCAGCCUCCAAAUCCCGCAGGUCACAGGUCAGCCAAGUUUUAAGAAACACUCCGGGUUAGCGACUCUUCCUCUCCGCAACUCCCACCCCUGCGCCGAGGGCAGCGGGACACUGCCGGGCGGUCCCCAGGGGAAGAUGAGGCCCUGGACGCCCCGCGUGCGCUGGAGGCCCGGAGGCCAAGGCCGAGGCCGGGAGCAUGCCACUGGGGUCGCGCCACCGAAAGCUCCUCCGGCCUGGGCCCGCCGUGCCCCGAGGCCGCGGGCGGAGGCUGGAGCAACGGGCCCAACUCUCCCUCCGCCCCGGGGAGGCGGGGUCUCCGCCUUUCCCGCGUUCGGGCCUCACCGCCCCCUCCGCCUUUUCUGAGCCCCCGCGCCACUUCCGCUCCUCGCGGCGGAGCCAGUCCCCUAGGGCUUGGGUCGCACGGAGCUGACCCCUAGCGAAAUGCAGCGGCGCCAGGGGCGGUGGUGGCUUCUGCUCUGGCUGCCGCCCCUGGCCACACUGCCCGUGCGCGGGGAGGCGGCGGCGGCGGCGGCGGCGGCAGCGGCGUUGUCAGUUCGUAGGUGUAAAGCUUUGAAGGAAAAAGAUUUAAUUAGAACGCCUGAGUCAGACUGUUACUGCUACAAUCAAAAUUCCCAAGUGGAGUGGAAAUACAUAUGGUCAACUAUGCAGGUGAAAAUUACCAGUCCAGGCCUGUUCAGAAUUGUAUAUAUCACAGAAAGACAUGAUUGCCAAUAUCCAGAAAACAUUCUAUCUUUUAUCAAAUGUGUGAUUCAUAACUUUUGGAUACCAAAGGAAUCUAACGAAAUAACCAUAAUCAUCAAUCCAUACAGGGAGACUGUGUGCUUCUCUGUGGAGCCUGUCAAGAAGAUAUUUAACUAUAUGAUACAUGUGAAUCGAAAUAUCAUGGAUUUCAAACUCUUCCUUGUGUUUGUGGCAGGAGUUUUUCUUUCCUUUUAUGCAAAGACCCUGAGUCAAAGCCCUACUUUCUAUUACUCCUCGGGAACUGUGCUAGGUGUUCUAAUGACAUUAGUCUUUGUCUUGCUGUUGGUGAAAAGAUUCAUUCCGAAGUAUAGCACCUUUUGGGCUCUAAUGGUUGGUUGUUGGUUUGCCUCAGUUUAUAUUGUAUGCCAGUUGAUGGAAGAUCUGAAGUGGCUGUGGUAUGAGAACAGGAUAUAUGUAUUAGGCUAUGUCUUGAUAGUUGGAUUUUUCAGCUUUGUUGUUUGUUACAAGCAUGGGCCCCUUGCAGACGACAGGAGCAGAAGUCUUCUGAUGUGGAUGCUGAGAUUCCUCUCCCUGGUUCUGGUCUAUGCUGGUGUGGCCAUGCCUCAGUUUGCCUAUGCAGCCAUAAUCCUCCUCAUGUCCUCCUGGAGUCUGCACUACCCACUGAGAGCAUUCAGUUAUAUGAGGUGGAAAAUGAAGCAGUGGUUUACAUCAAAAGAGCUGGUGGUGAAGUAUCUUACAGAAGACGAGUACAGGGAGCAAGCUGAUGCUGAAACGAACAGCGCUCUGGAGGAGCUACGCCGGGCCUGCCGAAAACCCGACUUCCCCUCGUGGUUGGUCGUCUCCAGACUCCACACCCCUAGCAAAUUUGCAGACUUUGUUCUUGGAGGAAGCCACUUGUCACCUGAAGAAAUCAGUGUGCAUGAAGAGCAGUAUGGCCUUGGGGGUGCCUUCUUGGAAGAGCAGCUCUUUAACCCGAGUACUGCCUGACAUGCGACCUUCAAGUUGACUUCGUUCUGGACAAGGAAGUGGGCAAAGGGCAGGGAUUCUAUUAAAGUUAGGCAGAACUGUUCUAGCGAACAGUGGCAAAAACAUUUGCUGUGGAGAAAAACAAGUCAUUCUGGAAAGGAAAACCAACCGAUUUUGAAGAUAACUUAGCUUUCUUGGUGAGUUCUGCUACUUAUUGUACUGUAGGUGGAUACCAAAAUUCUGUGACAGCCACUACCACUUUCCUUGAAUGAAUGCUUUCAUUAGGAACAGGGGAAUGGCGUUGUUCUUCAAGGGGCUAGUAAGCAUGAACAGGUGCUUUGUCGACACUAGGGCACUAAAUCCGCUCUUAAUCCCCUGAACCUGUGUCAGAAGACGCUGUAAUACGCUUCCUAUAUUUCAUCAGUAUAAGUCCUUAAAGAGACCUGAGACAUGCUGGACCAGUGUUUUCCAAAGUACAGCUCACAGGCUACUACCAAUUGUUGGUCAAAAAAGGUAUUCUGAGGUCAACUAAGAUUGAUAUAAAGUUAAACUAAUGUAUUUCAGUACCUCUCGGAGGCAUUCAUAAUGCUUAUGUGCACUGUGAAUCUCCCAAAGGGGAGAAAUUGUGUGCUGCAGUUUCUCGCUUAAUUUGACCACAGAACUCUUUUUCAUGAGAUUAAUAUUCCUUGGAACACAUGUUUGGAAAAUGCUACUGGUGGUGGAACUGAGCUCUGGAGAGGUUAAAUAACUUGUGCAAGACCACACUGAGAUGCAGCACUGGUAGAAAUCCAGCCCUGAUGUAUCCUUUGACUCAGGUAGGCAAGAUCUUCAGGUGCAAGCUUAGGAGCCAUCUCCCUACAGCCAUGGGCCUCACAAUGUUGGUGGCUUUACUUUUUAUUUUUCAAUAAUGGCCGACUCACUAUUUAACUGUGAUAAAGGGAAAUGUUUCUUAAGACAUUUUAAAGAUUUUAUACAUACAUAAGAUUUUUAUAUACAUACGUAAGGAUUAGAUACUAUGAUUACUUUUUUGUAUUUUGAAAUUGAAGGCACUUAAGCUGUUGUGACAUUUUGAAUUGACUGAUCCAUUUAAAAAAUUGUUUAGCUAUAGGUGUUUGUAACAAUUUCUUAAAAAAUGAUUUUUUUUCUUGAUUCAUGGUAUUAAACUCCAGAGUGAAAUGAGGGGCUAUGAGCUUUGACCCUGAGGAAAGAAGGCCAAACAUAGAUCUGAGGAAAGAUUUGAACAUGGCAAGACAAUCUCAGGGUUAAGAUGUUGCUAAGUUUAUUCUGAGAAUCAAAAUCAGGCUUUUUUUCCUGUGAUGGGAUCAUAAAAAUAAUCUUUUUAUCAGGACAAGGGUUAUGGGGGAAGGAUAGACAGAAUUUUGGCACUGCUGCUUUCCUGAGCCAAAUUUAGUAGUUUUUCUAAAUCAUGAAAAAAGAGCAUGACUAUCCAUCUGGAACUUUCUAGAUUGAUUUUCAAAUGAUAGUUCCUCUUUGAAGUAUUUACAGGUCUGUUUUUUGCCAGACAUCUUUUCAUACUGGGAACUUUUUUUUUUGUAAUAUCCACUAAAGUUAAUCUGCCUUUAUAUAGACUUGGAUUUUUAAAAAACCAAAGGAUAUAUUUCCCAUUCAGAUUUAUGGUAACUAUUUUAUGAGUAAACAGAAGUUUGAACAUUUUUCUUAUGGUUUAAUCUGUUUUUUUAAAUUAUAUUUAUUGGUGAUAUAAAUGUAUCAGAUGUAUCAGUGCCUGUGCUCACCAAGUUCGUCUCCUAAGAGGCAGUUUGUGUGGUACAACAUAUGCGUAUGAGUAAAUAACACAUGAACAAUCUGCUGGGGCUGCCAGGUACAUCCCAGCCAGGACAGCUGCUGGGCCAGGGGGAAGAGGUACUGCUGAGGGAAGGAAGCAGCUCUUCAUGGGCAGCUAGCCAGGUGUAGCCAUCACAAUAAAAACAGCCAAAGAGAGAAGAACAACAGCAGUCCUUGAGGAUAUUGUUUUCCAUGUUUAUUUUUAGAGGAAAUCAUAGGUUUGUCAGUUUCUGCUUUGUGACUACUGUGAGAAGCUAAACCAUUGGAAGCAUUACUUGUGAUAUUUUUAGUGUAUUUAUGUUGUUUUCAUUUGAUUUGGGGGUGUAUUAUAGUACUGAUCACAAUUCUAAUCCCCAUCAAGCAAUGUAUAGAUAACUCUUGUAAGAAAUGUUUCUCUCCUUUCUUUCGUCCCUUCCCUUCUCUUUCUCCCUUACCUCCUCUCUCCUCUCCUCCUCCCUUUUUAAAGGCCUUUGAACAGUUUAAACGACCACUCAAUAAAAUGGCCCUGCCCUUCA